UCGACUCAUCACUAAUCAGCAGUUUUCAUAUCGAUGUUUGUUUUUAAAUUCAUUUGCAUUUAACAUUUAAAUACUGGAAUUUUUGUAUCGAAACAAAGCAUUUUUCACAUUGUUAGUCGAUCUUAUUAAUUAAACUUACUAUUUCUGUAUAAAAUGCGUCGGAAACGAAAUCGAAAGAGUUUACCAAUUAAUUUGUUGCGGAAGCAACAGCGCGAGCAGCGGCAUUUAGCAGACGGGAAGAAAAAGCCUCGUCGAAGAAAUCUUAACAAAAAAUUAGAUUCUGAAAGAAGAAAUCACGAAGCAUUGGUUCGAACCACCGAAAUUCACCUGGAAAAAAUUUUGCAAGCUAACGAAGUGCUUUCAGAUAUACCGUACGAUUGUACACCACAGGAACUCAUGGGCGAGAUUGCGAUAGCAAAUGGUUAUGCGACAACAAUUUAUGUUGAACGUGAUGGCUUAUCAACUCUGACCAUAAUUUUGCCUCAAAAAAAUCCAACAAUUGCAAAUUUAAAGAGAGCGAUCGAAUCAACUGCACGUGUACAACAUAAACGAGAGCUGCGUGAGCGUUAUGAAAGCCGACGCCGUAGACGACGUACGAGUGUGUCUGAAGAAACUGGAAAUGCGAGCAAUAGCAACGAUGACUCCGUCAAUGCCGACAAACAAGCAGCAGCAUAUCAGAAUUGGCAGCAGCAACAAUUUCGACAGCAGGUUGAAACUACAGCGGCUUGGUUGGCGGCCAACAGAAGCACGGGAGAACUCGUCUACUCCACAACGCGCUGCGGUCAUCCACAUCGUACGACGGUUUCAUGGCGAUUUCUUUGGCGCGCCUACAUGUUGAUCGACGUUCAGACGAAAACGCCGCUUUACGACGAGGACGGACGUAAAUUAUUGAUUGAUUGUGACAUUGAGAACGGUGCGACUUUACGAUUUUGUAAACGUGAAAUUUAUAUGAAACGUCGCCGGCAAUAA